GAGACAGAGAGCAUGCUCGGUCCUGAGAGACAGGCUACUGGAGCACACAUGUACCUUCCCUGUGAAGGAUACACAGUCUCAUGAGCUUCUGCUCUUUUUCAAACACCCGCAUGUUAAGAUAUUUAACAAGCAGAUGUUGGUGAUUUGAUAAAGCGGAUGUGAAGAUUCACUUUUGGACCUUGUACAAAGGAUGCACUAAGGAAACUCUGCUUUUGGGGUGAACUUUGACACCAUGGCUGGAUUUUACAGUUGCUUUGGGGAUAAAAAUUAAGACAUGAAACGCCGGACGUCAUCACAGAACUCUGGCGUUGGAGGCAGUCCAAGUGAUUGUGACAUCAUGGCCUCAGGAUCUCCAGACGUCACAGUCGCUACUGAACCAUCAGAAGCAGCAGAAGAGUGUUCAGGGAAAAAGAAGUCCAAAUUCCAGACAUUCAAGAAUUUUUUUGUAAAGAAAAAGAGGAAGGAAAGUCCUGCACCAUCAAGUGAAAGUGGUUUAAAGGCCAGUCAAUCGAGUGACGACGUCAACACCUCAGAGCCAACCAUCAUCCAUGCCAACAGCGACAAUGACCGCGGAUCCAAGAUCAACAUGGGAAACAAAGCCAUGUCACAUGAUAGUGUCUUCGUGUCUGAUUCGCCCUCAUCAGAGACUCAUGAGGGUCUGGGGGCAUCCCAAGACAGCAUUCAUGGGAAAGUGAAAUCUCUGCAGCUGCAGCUGAAGCAGGCGAUUCGUCUGGGCUCUCCGCCAUCACUCCUGUGCGGGAGGAAAGGAGAGGAUGCUGGGGCUCUUUCUGAAGAUGAUGGUCUUCCCUGCAGCACUGUGCUGGCCACACCUCCUCACACAUCAGUGGAUUUGACCCAGAGUUCCUUGAGCAUGGAGGCUUCAGACAGUGAAGAUGAUCAGAUGUCGUGUGAAGCUUCUUCGAGACCCGGCACCCCUCAGGGCUCCGUCCCCGGAGACUUCAGUUUGCCCGCCAGCUCCGUCUCCUGCUUAGACAGCUCAGCUGCCCGUCACCGCAUCGCUGUCAAAGCCAACGCUUGUGCCAAGAGAAAGCCUGCCAGCAGGCAAAUGUUGGACAAGAGAAGAGACCUGAGGGAAAGAGUGCUGCUCAGAGACACAGAGGACAAACUACAGAUUAUGGUCACUAGUAUUGGAGAAGAACAUAAAGAUUUGCCCGGAGAACAGGUGAAUGAUUCAGACAGUGAGUCAUUUGCUUCUGAACAGGAGGAAGAGGAAGUGAGCGACUCCAGCCAGUGUCAAAGAACUUCUCCAACAUCCUCCAUCUCAGCUGGAGACAUCUCUGAAGGAGACGAACAUGUUCCUGGCGAGGAUCACGUCCCGAAGUCUGAGGUCCCAGAAUCCUCUUGGGAGAGUCCAGUAACACUUGAGCUGCAGGCCGAUGACUUCCUGUUGGACACAGGAUGUGAGGUCGUUCCUGAGGAGCAGGGGUCAUUGCUGGAGGAAGUGUUGAGCUCCCUGAAGAGCCCUCUUGCGUCAGGACUAGCACUGGAGCAUGAGAACAUGCUUCGUCAGAGUGAGGUGCGAGACAUAAAUAGUGAAAGCGUAGUUGCUCAGCUUGAGGAAGACAACAUAGCUCUUCUCGAUCCCUCAGAGCCUAUGGUGAGCACAAAGGAACCGGCUCCUCUGCCUGACUCGCUUUCUGAAUCAUCUGUGGAUUCAGAGGAGAUCUCAGAGGAGACCACAGAGGAGGAGGAGCUGCUGGAGGUGCCGGAGUCUGCUGAGGAAGAGGCUGUGGAUGCAAGUCACCAAGUGCCUGAAGAUGAUGUUGAGAAACAAGCAGACAAGGCUGAGAGUGCCAAAGAGAGUGAAGUGUUAUUAGAAUCGCCAAAAGCUUUUGCAGUAAAUGUGAAAGAACGAGAUGAAGAUGUUGUUGAGGAUGAAGCUGAAGACGGUGGAGAUGAAGAUGAUGAAUUGACGGUGGUGGAACCUGAGAUGCAGAAGAACUGUACAAAUGAGGUUGGAGGUCAGACAGGUUCUCUAGAGCCUGAGAAAGAUGAGACUUCAGCUGAUGAAAGCGAAUCAUCUGCAGUCAAUGUUGAGAACGUUCCUGAAUCUGAUUCGAAAGUCAGAGAUGAUGUUUGGAGAUCAGCAGAGAUGCUUCUUUCUACUGUGUCUCCUGUGCUGGAGAGUCCAGUUCUCCAUUUUCAUUUCUCCAGUGCAUCGAUGUCUCCUGUAGAGCAGGAAGAGGAGCCUGAGUCCAACAAGCUAGAUGUGUCUGGUGAGCCUCAGGAAGUGUCUUCAGAAAAACCUGAGGGUGUUUCUGAGCAGCAAGUUCUUGAGCCACCUACAAAAGAACCGACGAGAAUGCUUGAGGUUCGACCUCGGUUCACCAUCGCCCCUGCGUGGCAAAGGUCAUUGGCUUCUGGAGGCGCCCAAGAGCAGACCCAGACCAUCUCACUGGUGCUACCAGAAACGAAUGCUUCUAAUGAAUCUCCCCAAACAACUGAACUCAUUUCUUCAGUACAAGAAGAACGACCAAAACCAGCCCCAGCUCAGAGUUCCCCUACACUUCCUGUGCGGAAAGAGACGCCCCCAGAGAACCCGUUUGGAGUGCGCUUGAGAAAGACUCCAGUCCUGCGCCGCUAUGGUUUAGAUGGAGAAUCGCCUUGGACCCCCACUCAAACAGAGGCUUCAGGGGCGCAGGAGACCCAGGACCACGAGCAGAGCUGCAGGAAGUCUAUCUUGCCAAAGAAGCCUGAUCUGCUGCUAGCUGACACUGUGAUGUCCGUCAGGAAAAUCCCAGAUACAGUGGGAAGAAUAUCUGUUGGUAGCCCCGAGUCUCCAAGCUGGAUCUCUGUGGCCAGACAGAAACAGAGGAACUUCAUCGAGAACUCGCCAGAAAACUCUCCAGAGAAACUUCCCUCGCAGGGGGAGUCACCGAGCAGUUUAUCAAAUCCAAUCGCCAAAGAGCAACCGGCACAGCCAUGUUCACCUUUACAAGUGUUCUGCUCCCUUGAACUGUCCGACACAUCCACGGUAGAGAAGGAAAGCAAGAGAAGCGCUAACCCGUCCACUGCACCUUUGGCCCAAGAUGAGCCUCCCUGGCUGGCUCUCGCUAAGAAGAAAGCCAAAGCAUGGAGUGAAAUGCCCCAGAUUGUUCAGUGAAAGGCCCCGCUGGCAUAUGGACUUCAUAAUUCUUCCCUAUAUUUCCAUACACAUAAACAAUACAUGUGAGCAGUAAUAGGAACCAUAUACAGCCUAAUUUUGCUUAAUCCGCCCGGUGUCAUUAAUGUUUUUCUGACGUCAGAAAGGAAACGAUGCACAUUAGACUGGGGCUUAUGGGUAAUACAUUGCAUUUGUAUUAUAAUUUGGUUUGCAACAAAACAGAUUUACAUUUGACUGUUAUGUAAUGCUUCAAACUGAGGAAAAAAAAUCCUAACGAGAUUUGCAUACAAAAAAAAUUGAAAAUGAGCCACCAUCAAAGCUGUGUUUUUAUUUAGGACUGUGUGAAUACCGUAAUUGCUCUUUACUAAGUAAUUUUGCUAUGUUACGUUAUAGCCUUUAAAGUUAGUAACACGGUUAUCAUGAAUGGAGCGGAAGGUGACUUUGUAUUUAUUUAUCUCACUCUUGUAUGUUUUAUGUAUUUUUGUAUUUACGUGCACAGCUUUGUGACUUGUACAUAAAAUGUGAAGUACAAAAAGAAAGAAAAAUAAUAAAAUGGAGCCAUGUUUAUUUGACCCAGACACA